AUGACAACGUCUUCUCCUUGGUUGGGGAGAGAGGGGCAGGAUUGGACCCUGACUGACAUCACAGCCCGUCGUUUUGGGAUCUGCCGUGAUAGAGCCGAGAGCUACGACCUCAUUUCAUACCGAGUGCAGCCUGCUCCUUUUGCACUGCCCAGCCGCAAGCCUGAUGUCGUUGAGGCUGAAGAAACUAACUACCAAGUCAGCCUCCCGACUGCGCGCAUUACGACCAAGUACAAGACGUGUCCCGACAAAGGCCCUUCACGUGGCGCACCAGACCACAUGGGCGUGGCUGCGGGUGGUACCCCUUCCACAAGGCCUCAAUAG